CUCCGUUAAUAAUUGUCAUUUGUCAAUUGUCGUUUAAAAUAUUGAUAUUCAUAACAAUUCAAGUGAUACAUAUCUGCAAACGUAAACAAAUAAAUUAAAAACAAAAUAUUACCCACUCUGUAUCACAGAUUAAGAUUAUUAGUAACUUGUUACUCCGUAAUUCUAUAUCAAAUAUAAUGACAGAGCCUAAUAAUUUUAAAGUUCCUGAACCUCGUAAAGUAGGCGUUUGGACUGAAGGCGUACCAUUACAGACAAAGGAAUUCGUUAUUCCUAAGAAAUCACCAGAAUCGUUAGACGAUAUACCGACUCUUCCGGAUCUAGACGACUUGCAGGAUAUGUUUGAAAAGGAAUUAUCGAAACCACCAGCUUCUGAAAGAAAGGACAGAGAAACUGCUCAUACUCUCGCAGAAGUUGGGGGAGGCUUAUCUGGAUCUGUGGAAGGUAUAGAAGCAGCUUUAGAAGUACUGAAGUCUUUUAUAUCUCCAGCUGAGUCUGAUUCUGCAGACACUGUCUGGACAAUAGAUUCCUUGCUGACACUACUUGACUGAAGAAUGUGAUGAGAGUAUUAUUGCCUAUUAUUGAUUACUACAUUUAAAUACUAAAAAAUCAUCAAGAACCAUUUUCAGAUAUUUAUUUAUUAAAGAUAGAAGAGAUUAGCUCUACUUGCCAUAAUUAUGUUUUAGCCUCACUAAAAAUUGGUACUAUGUAGACUGAACACAUAACUGAAUUUGUAUGAAUGCUUUCAUUGUAUUUAUGAUUAUGUAUGCGCAUGAAAUUUUUGUGAAAAAUUGUAAUAUUAGAUGUAUCUCAGUAGUGACUCAGUGGAGAGAACCUCAGACUUGAAGUGAAGGAGCAGUGCAAGCAAGUGCGCAAGAUAUAAAUAGAUUUUUCAUUUUUACACAUCCAAAUUACCACUGAUUGAUAAGGUAAAGGAAAACAUUGAGAGAAACUAGCAUGUACAUAAUAAAAAAAAUAUGACAUCUACCAACACACACUUGGCCAGCAUGGUCCCACUGCCUGCAUAGCAUAUAAGCAUCAGCUCAUAUCAUCAUCAGAUCAAAAGGAAUGUUCAAAAUUUAAAAUUCUGCUGUCUUUCUCUUCUAAAAACAUAAGAAAUUUCACUUCAAUGUUUCUGUAUGGAAGGAUAAACUGGAAAACAAAGAUGUUUUUUCGUUAUUAUUUUAUUAAAAGAGCAUUAUUUAAUUAAGUAAUCUAAAGUAUAUAUACAGUGUCUUCAUUAUCAUGAAGUAUUCCGUCCAAUCUUAUUUCUAAGGAAUGAUGUGUUUUCAUUAAAUAAAUUAAUAUAAUAAAA